AUGUCUGCCUUGAACCUUAGCCUCAUUUUUACCGCCUUGGUGGUGUUCAGCAACGCUGCGCCUACAACAGACCUGGACUCUGCGUCUCUAUCGGCAGCUAAUAUGGCCAAGCGCGCAGGCCCAUGUACCUUCAGCGGCCGCAUCGAUCUCGACAAACUCGUCGCCGGACUGCCCACUUGUACCUCAAUUACCUUUGACUCCGUCAUUGUUCCUGCCGGAAAAACGCUAGAUCUCUCUAAGCUCGCCGACAAGACCACUGUCAACUUCAAGGGCACAUCUUCUUGGGAUGUCCAGAAAGGCUUUGCCGGUCCUCUUCUCAGCAUUGGUGGCAAAGACAUUGUUGUUACCGGCGAGGCAAACGCCAAACUCGACGGUCAAGGUGCAAAGUACUGGGAUGGUCUGGGUAGUAACGCCGAUGUCGCGAAGCCCAAGUUCUUUGCCGCGCAUAAUUUGCUUGGAGCAUCUUCUAUCAAUAACUUGUACCUUUUGAACACACCCGUCCAGGCUGUGAGCAUCAAUGGUUGCAAUGGUCUGACCGUCAGUCAUAUGACCAUUGACAAUUCUGCUGGCGAUGCCCUGCCUACCAGCAACGCGCCACACAACACUGAUGGUUUUGACAUCGGGUCGAGCUCUAACAUCCUUAUUGAUCAUGCCAUUGUUCAUAAUCAGGACGACUGCGUUGCAGUAAACUCUGGAACGGGCAUCACGUUCCAGAAUGGACAGUGUACCGGCGGGCACGGUCUUUCCGUUGGAUCCGUCGAUCAUGGAAGUACUGAUGAUCGCAACACUGUUAGCAACGUCAAGUUUCUGAGCAGUACUAUUACAAACUCCGUCAACGGUAUCCGCGUCAAAUCCUUCUAUGACGGCAAGGGAACCAUCGACAAGGUGACCUACAGCGGUAUCACCCUCAAGGGUAUCUCGAAAUACGGUAUCCUGAUCGAACAGAACUACGAUGGCGGAGACCUUUCCAAAACACACGGUCCCGGUACUGGGGUGCCUAUCAGCGGCUUGACUAUUCAGAACAUCACCGGCAGUGGCGGCGUGCUAAGUACUGGAACCGAUGUUGCCAUUGAAUGUGCGAACUGCAGCGGAUGGACGUGGAGCACAGUCACAGUCACCGGCGGUAAGAAGUUCAGUUGCAAGGGUGCACCCAGUGUUGUUCCAGCCGGCACUUGCGCAUAA